AUGGUUAUUAAUCCUACUUAUCUUGCGCAGCGGACGCGCCAGUGUAAGCACCGUUUAAUACUCUUUGAGUUAUGAUACUAUGAAUUUGGAAGAGAAGAGAAGCUAAUUGGUGUGGUAGCCGUCAACUGGACUGAUGCGAAAUCAAGGGUAUUGAAGAGUUACAGAGAAUGGAUCCGUGCUGUAUGUCUGCUCUGUAUCUGUGGGCAGGAUUAGAAGAAGUGGCGGAUAUUUAGGGAGUAGGGAAACUAAUGGGUGUUGAUGUAGGCUCCGGAAAUCCAAACGAUGUACUCGCUCGGAAUUCCUGUUUCACAGUUGAGGACGAAGAUGCGGUCGGAGUUCGAAAGGCAUAGAUAUGUGAAUCAAAUCCAGACGGUUGAUAAGUUGUUAUAUGAGAGCCAUGCAGAAUUUCAGGUACGUUGCACAUAUCAGAGAGGCUAUAACUGGGAGAUGCCGUGGGGCUAGAUGGAAGAGGGGUUUCACGUAGUAUAGUGCAUGAUAUAGUGAGAGGUCUCGGCAUAGGGAAGGAUCGCUGGCAUCAGCACAGUCUGCAGUCGCAGCUGUCGAUUCUUGGAUGCAUUGGGUUGUACAUGGAGUCUGUUUGCUGACUUUGUGCACUAACAGGAGACAUUGAAUUACUGGAAACAACUUCCUCACAUCUUGAAGUAUUUCCGACAAGAAGAAGACCCAACUUCGAGACUACCACAAAAUUUCAUGGCCGGUUUCCUGGAGGUAUGUCUGCAAUUUGUUCCCGUCUUCAAAUCAUUCUGACCUCAAUCACAGGGACGCAAUUAGAAGUUGUUAUCUUAUUUUUGUCGCUUUGUACAUAUCCCAAUGAACCUCAAUUGAACUCCAUGAGAACCUCCCCUUUUAUACGCCUUGCCAUGCCUUUUUAUCUAA